UGUUGUUGCUCUCUAUUCCCCCUCCCUCCCAAUGGGGAACUGUUGUUCCCAAGUUCAACCACAAGAUGCAGAACCUGAAGCUCAAAAGUCCUUAAAAGGAGACAAACCACAUGAGGAGAAUACAACCACAACGCCUCCUGAAAAGGUCCCUACGGCUCAACCUGCAAAGAACGGCAAGCAAUCGCCUAUCGGAACGGUUUUGGGGCGUCCCAUGGAAGAUGUUCGGACCCUUUACACCAUAGGCAAAGAGCUUGGUAGGGGUCAAUUUGGUGUCACCCAUUUGUGCACUUGCAAGAAGACUGGAAACCAGUUUGCAUGCAAAACCAUUGCAAAGAGGAAACUUGCCAAUAAAGAGGACAUUGAGGAUGUGAGGAGGGAAGUACAAAUCAUGCAUCAUUUGGCUGGCCAGCCGAAUAUUGUCGAGUUAAAGGGGGCAUUUGAGGAUAAACAUUCGGUACAUUUGGUGAUGGAGUUGUGUGCUGGUGGAGAGUUGUUUGAUCGAAUCAUCGCUAAGGGCCAUUACACGGAGAGGGCUGCGGCAUCGUUGCUAAGGACCAUUGUACAAAUAGUUCAUACCUGCCAUUCCAUGGGUGUUAUUCAUAGAGAUCUAAAGCCUGAAAAUUUUCUCCUUUUGAAUAAGGAUGAAAAUGCUCCCCUUAAAGCUACGGACUUUGGCCUGUCUGUGUUCUACAAACAAGGUGAAGUGUUCAAAGAUAUUGUGGGAAGUGCCUAUUAUAUUGCACCCGAAGUCUUGAAGAGAAAAUACGGACCAGAAGUUGAUAUAUGGAGUAUUGGGGUCAUGCUAUAUAUUCUUCUGAGUGGAGUUCCACCUUUCUGGGCAGAAUCUGAGCACGGGAUAUUCAAUGCAAUCUUAAAAGGGCACAUCGAUUUCACGAGUGAUCCGUGGCCUUCCAUAUCUCAUCAGGCCAAAGAUCUUGUAAAGAAGAUGUUGACUUCAGAUCCCAAGCAAAGGUUAACAGCUCAUCAAGUUCUUUCGCAUCCGUGGAUUAAAGAAGAUGGAGAAGCACCCGAUACACCACUUGAUAAUGCGGUCCUUGGCAGGCUAAAACAGUUUAAAGCCAUGAAUAACUUUAAGAAAGUUGCACUUCGGGUCAUUGCAGGAUGCCUUUCUGAGGAAGAAAUCAUGGGACUGAAGCAAAUGUUCAAAGGUAUGGAUUCUGAUAACAGUGGAACAAUAACACUUGAGGAACUGAAACAUGGACUAUCCAAGCAAGGGACAAGACUAACGGAAAAUGAAGUCAAACAGUUGAUGGAAGCUGCUGAUGCAGAUGGAAAUGGAACCAUAGAUUACGAAGAGUUCAUAACCGCAACAAUGCAUUUGAAUAGAAUGGAUAGAGAAGACCAUCUGUACACUGCAUUCCAGUAUUUUGAUAAAGAUAACAGUGGGUACAUUACUAUAGAAGAACUAGAACAAGCUCUCCGUGAUUAUGGUAUGAAUGAUGAUAGGGACAUAAAGGAGGUUAUAUCUGAAGUUGAUUCUGAUCAUGAUGGCCGAAUCAACUAUGACGAGUUUGUGGCAAUGAUGAGAUCAAAAACCCAAGCAGACACAAUGAAUCCAAAGAAACUAAGACAGUCAUUUGUUGCUAAAUGAUAGCUACUAGCGAGUUGUGCCUAAGAAUGUUUAAAGAUGAGGGAGCUGCAUGAUAUACUUAUUUUGAGUCUCCAAGUGAGGAUGACUGAGGAAACAAGAGUUCAAUCUGGUUUGGAGGGAACUAAAACCGGUGGGGAUGUUGAUCUAGCAAGAAAAUCUAUAUUUGUUGCUUUUGAAGAUUAGUGAACAACAAUUGUAAUGGGUAUUUGGGUUUGGUCUAGAUGAUUUGUUCCAAUUUGCAUGUAUGGGAUAUAGAAUCAGCUUUAUGGCUUGCUAAACUUUUGCGAAUAUUUAGAACCUUUUGUUUAAACUAGAAUCGUAACAUCUCUUUUCAGGGUUUUUGUUUUCUGG